AUGCACAAGAGCACGUCGUACGAGUACUGCAACGCGUUAUCGAAAAAGCUGGCGCGCCUAAGGCAAAUCGAGGAGCGCCGAAGCAGCAAGGUGUGGACUCGUGCCAUAAAAAGCAUUAAACAUACAUGGGACUCUGCCAUCGCGCUGUAA